UUUACGCGGUGACGUGUACCGGAACUACAGUUUGACCAGUGACGGUACGUGUCGGAUAAAUCGGGUAGAGAGUUGUUUUAUUAAAUUUACCCGGAUUUUUGUUUUCUUUUGUGAAUCGGAUGUUAUUAUAUUUUUUGUAAGCAGCGAUUUAUGUCCGUAUCAUCUUAAUACAUGCGGCAGAACACGCGGCUGUGCCUGGUCCACAAGGCCAGCUGUCACACCUGAGUCUGAGCUGUCAUCAUUACACUGAGGGACAGGUCCUGGAGGUUGUAACUGUUUUCCCCCGAGACCAUGGCAAGUCCAAAUGAUCUGCAAUUUCAAGAGUUCGAGGAGGCGGCUCAGCUCUUGUCCUCCGACCCCGGGGCCUCGACUCUGAGCGUGUCCGCCUCAAACCACGGCGUGACAGCAGGGGGCGGCAGCGAGGAGGUGAGGCUGGACCUGUCCGACGAGGAGGAGGCGCAGCAGGAGAGCUCCGAGCUCUUAGGAGGACAGAAGUCGACUGGAGGAUUCUGGACGUUCGAGUAUUAUCAGUCUUUCUUUAACGUGGACACCACACAGGUCCUGGACAGACUCAAAGGCUCAGUGAUGCCUCUGCCAGGACGAAACUUCAUCAAACAUCACCUGAGGAGCAACCCAGACCUAUACGGUCCGUUCUGGAUCUGUGUGACUCUGGUGUUCACUGUGGCCAUCAGCGGAAACCUGUCCACGUUCCUCAUCGAGAAAGGGAAUCCUGCUUAUCACUACACGCCACAGUUCCACAGAGUGACGGUGGCGUCUGUCGUGAUCUUCCUGUACGCGUGGCUGGUGCCCAUCGGCCUGUGGGGCUUCCUCAGCUGGAGACAGGGCGUGGAGAGGCAGGUGGGAGGCUACUCUUUCCUGGAGACCGUGUGUGUCUACGGCUACUCCCUCUUCAUCUACAUCCCCACGUCUAUUCUGUGGAUCAUCCCGUUCGAGUGGCUGCGCUGGACGCUGAUGGCGGUCGCGAUGGUGAUCUCGGGCUCGGUGCUGGUGCUGACGUUCUGGCCGGCGGUGCGAGACGACUCCAAACCCAUGGCCGUGUCCACAGUGGUCACCAUCGUGGCUCUGCACGCCCUGCUGGCCGUCGGCUGUAAGAUGUAUUUCUUCCAGACGGCUUCGCACAUCGUUCCUCUACACCCGACCACCGCCCCGAUCCAGACCCACACCCUGAACCAGACCAGGACCCACUGAGCCUCCUGGACCGAGCCUGGGACGAGCCUGGACCGAGCCUGGGCCGAGCCUGGUCUGAGCCUGGUCUCUGGACUCUACACAGACUCUUUGCUGUAGACUGAAGGGAAAACUGUGAAUGACUGCAAUAACUCUGAUGGUGAAGAAUGUGCUUUGUCCUGUUGGUUUAAUUUAAUGUUGAGAAACAAGUAAACUCAAGUAAAUCGUCAAACUUCAGAAGAAUUUGUGUUUUUAUCUGCUGUACACUCUUCAUCUUCCCUCAGUGAAAUGAAUUGACUUGUUGUAUUUUGGUGAACUGGUGACCUGGAAACCCUUCAGUUCUCCAGCAGCGAUUCAUGGACUAAACCAGAACUCAACCAGGAUUCAGGGAUUCAGGUCACUGCAACUAAUUUCUUGAGGAGUUAAUUUUUAGAUUUGAAAAUGCUUCUUGAUCACUUAAAUGGUCCAUAUUACACACGUUUAACACACAAACCUGAAUAUUUCAUGUUCCUCUCCCAAACGGAAAACCCUCUGUUUCAUUUUGUGAUGUCAUGGAAGUGCUCCACCGUGUUUUUAAACUCCACACGCCUUCAUCAGAAUCACUAGAAAAAUUUCAGCCCUUGAAUAUUUACUGAACAAAAAGGUAAAAGGAGCUGUUGACUUAAACUACAGCUUCAUGACAUCACAAGGUGGAACAGAGCGUUUUGAGCUUUGGAGAUGUAGACAAACUAAUAAAAAUGCUUAUUGUGUCAUUUGUGGGUGAAAUUAAGAUUUAGGACCUUUUAAAUUCACAAAUUUUUUUAUUUAUUUUUUUUUGGAAACUUCUCACUUUUUAGUUUGUAACUAUGGUUCUAUGAAUCAGACAACUGCCAGACUCUUAGGCAGUCAAGAAGUUUUGGUGAGGACAACUACUACUACUACUACGACUACUACUACUACUACUACGGCUUUGGAGCUUUGGAUAUGUAGACAGACUAAUAAAAACGUUUACUCAUUGCAUCAUUUGUGAACGGAACAAAGGUUUAGGACCUUUUCACCAAUUUUUUGAAGAAACUGAAUAUUUAAAGAGGACGUCUUAUGUAAAAUAUUGACCACAUUAUAAUUAUUUAAUGUGUUUUAUAUUACUCACGCUGACAUUUCAGGUAAUUCUGUAUUAUUGUCCUAUAUUUGAUAUCGGAAAAUGUCAGUUUUCACCUACCCCCUAUCUCCGCCCCCUGCUCUGUACUACUUACAAAAUUCAGACUCCGGGCCGUACAUUUAGGAUUCAGGAUUUUCAGCAGUAAAAAGAAGGAAACAGAAACCAGCGGCUUCUCAGCGCUUUGAACAGUCUCAGCUUUUGAACAGUCAGUGGUUUAAUUUCUAUUGUUGAGCCUUUUUAGAUCAGUAUUGAAAAUAAUCAUCUCUGUAUGUUAUAGUUUAGUCAUACUUACCUGGAAAAGAUGUUAUUUACUUUCUUUAAAUUUUCAAAAAAAAUCUUCAAAUCUUUGUGGCACUUUCCACACACACAGAUCCUUUUUAAAAUCUUGUUUUAUUUAUUUUUUCUUCUGAAAUCUUAUCAAAGAAUGGCAUGUUGUAUGUUUCCUUUUGGGCCACUUGUUGGUAUGUUGGUUGUCAACAUAAUGUUUACGGUCCAUUGCGGGAUAGAGCAAAGUCUACAGUUCUACACAUUCUUCAGUCAAAUUGUAAACUAUUCCUUGAAAUAAACUAGUGAGCUUCCAUUGAUGGCUCUGGAGUGGCAAAUCCAUUUAUUUGUCCUUGGAAACUUCUAAAGAUGUAGUCUCAGGUUAUGUCUGUAACUAUGGUUCUAUGAAUCUGACCCAAGGGAUCUCCAACUGGUAGCGCUCCAUCUCCUUCCAAGUAGCUCGCCAAGGGAUUUCUGAAUUAUACAUAUUAUGCUUAAUAACUAAAAUCUCAUUAUUUACCGUUGUAAAUGUAUGAUUUUGAUUACUAACUUGUGUGUUAAUAAAUGGAUAAAGGUUUAUGUUUUAUAGGCAUCUAACUGCUGCAUUAAAGGCUCACCUUGGCUCUUCUACUUUCUCAGUUUCUUAACAUGAGAAGCUUUUUGGCAUUUUCGUUUUGUAAAGGAGCUCACCAGAGGAAAAAGGUUGGAGACCCCUGAAAUAACAUUACUGUCGCCAAUCCCCAAGUAUAACUGUUAGUUCAGUAACUAUUUAUAUAGAUUUAUGCUCUUUCUUCUACCCUCAGUGUGUACGUGGUGCACGACAAUAAUCCACAAUCUCUGAGUUUAGUCAAAGAAUCAUCUGCAGUUCAAAUCAAAGACUGGCCAAAAGUUUAUAGGAUGUAGAAGAACACCAUUUUCAAUUCCAGUGUGUCUCUAGGGCCUGGGUCUCCAGCUCUCGAACUCUGUUUAAAGGAGCUCGCUAAGGGAUUUCUGAACUAUACCUGAUGAAUACUGUAACUCCAGUUUGAUGAAUUAAAUGCUGCUUAUUAUUGUAAAUGUAUCAUUCUGAUGCUUACAUUUGUGCACUAAUAAAUGGGUAAUGGUU